CCCAGCGGCAGGGAGGACGUCGAAAGGAAGUUGGCGAAUUCACCUGUUGCCACUCGAAGACACUCACGUUAACGAGCCAAACAGUUAACCGAGCCGCCCGGCAGCAGUGUCCUUCGUCGAGACCUUCAUGGACAAACUCAAGAGAGUGCUGAGCGGCCAGGACGGAAACGAUGAUCUCAAUGUACUGCAGGCAGCAAAUGAGGCCUCCAGCUUGAGCUGGAGUACGAGAGUGAAGGGCUUCUGUGCCUGUUUUGCACUGGGUGUGCUGUGCUCAAUUCUGGGAACAUGUUUGCUGUGGGUGCCCAGAAUUGGAUUACUGCUGUUUAUCAUCUUGUACACCUUUGGCAAUAUCGCGUCUCUCGUCAGCACCAUGUUUUUGAUGGGACCUCUGAAGCAGCUGAAGAGGAUGUGUGAGUUGACCCGGGCUCUGGCCACUGCAGUCAUGCUGACCUGCUUGAUUUUGACACUCUGUGCUGCGUUCUGGUGGAAGAACAAGGGUCUUGCUCUGCUGUUCUGCGUUUUUCAGUUUUUGGCUUUUGCUUGGUACAGCAUCUCCUACAUACCGUUUGCGAGGGACGCAGUGAUAAAAUUAUUCUCCAUGUGCCUGAAGUGAAGAGUGUCUGUCUGCACCUAACUCUGGGACACGAGGCAGGGCAGCACUGCACAAUCCAGUCACUCCAAACUCUAUCCCUGCUUUUAGGACAGUAAAGCACCUACUUGGCUACCUGGCAGGAAACGAAGCACGAGAACUGUUGGUUAUUACCGACAGUAAUAACACAGAUGCAGCAUAAAUAGGAGCCUCCUUGACCUCUUGACCUCAAUCAUUUCCCUCUUCUGUUGCAUGGCGGCUCUCAGUGCCUUCCAAAACACAAAAGCACAAACUGAUUGGCACAUUAAUCUCUCACAGAAUUGAUAUUACUUUCCCAAUAUUGCUGCCAGUUAUUUUAGCAAAUGGACCAAAAGCAGGAAUAGAGCUCGGGUUAUGGUGACAUCAUGGCUAGGGCCUGGUUCUCCUCUUUUGUACUGAACUCUUUUUUUUUUUUCUUGCUGCUGAUUGUAUAUCACAGGGUCUUAAUGAUGUGAUGCCUACCUAAUGUAUGUCCCUGAUGUUUACCUGAGAAAAUGGGGGAGGGGGGGAAUCAAAAUGAAGAACUGUAGUACUGUAGGCUUAGGGGUACGGGUGCCUUUUUCACAUGAUUACUGUAUGUCCACAUCUUGCCAUCUACUCCCUAACGAACUUGAGUGCUUAACCGUUAAAUGCCAGUUAGGACACAAUUAGUCUAGACAUUGCUAUUGGUGUAGCCAGCAAAUCAAUAUAUGAAAUGUAAGGAAUUCUUAUCUUGGUGCCUUAAUUGGCAGAAGAGAAAAACAUCUGGGUAGUACCUUUCUGCAGGGCAGUAGCCAGGAGUCGGGCUGGAUUGUGGGUUCUGAAGCAAAAUCCACCACUGGCUUUCUCAAGUUUAAUGCAUUGUUUCUGUCUCUGUAUCUCUUUCAUUUAGUUGCAGUCGGCAAAAUUCCUUUAGAAGCAGUGUUUAACUAUUUUUUAAAAAGCCCGACUCCUUUGCUACUUUAAAAUCGAUAUUUUUGCUGGCAAAACUUGUUUAAACUGUUGGUAUUUCCUCAAAAUUAGUUUCUGAAACAAAGCAUAGGAUGCGUUUUAAUUUUUGACUCCCAGUGAUGAUUUUUUGAUUCGUAACGUGUGAUUUUGAUGAUCAGUUAUUUUAUCUUCCCCUUUUUCAUAUGGCGCUUGGCGCUUUUGAACUAGCGUAAGGUACAGCUUUUUUGUGAUUUUUUUUUUCUGUUGACACAAACACUGACAAUACUUAACAAUUAUGAGAAGAACCAGACAACAAUAACCAGAUGCCACUCAUUUCUGCCACUGUAGAUUAUUUCAGAGAUGGGGCUAUGGCAAACGGUUGCUGUAUAUAGGGACCAGAAACACAUUCGGGGUCCAUAGUUUUGCCACUUGUGGCGGUGAGUGUGGUCUGUGGAUCUUUGAACCCCAGCAGGCCCUGUAAUGAUUUGGAAGCCACCUGCUAAUUCCUAACCUUGUGCAUGCCUUAACAUCACCAGUUCUGUUGCCCUUAACUGUUUCAGAAGAUCUGCCAUACACUUUUGAUGACUAUAGUCUAACUGAGGGCAAGACACUAAAUAUUUCUCAUGCAUUUGGUGUGGUCAGUUGUUACUGAUACUUUCUGUAGAUGCGGCACAGAUCUUUCUCUUUGGAUUCUAUCCCUUGGUGGUGGAGGGCUGCCGUGUGCCUAGACAUUUGUAGCAGAUUCCCAAACCGUUUCACAGUGCUUGCAGACAUUGGCGCAGAAAUCAAAUGUUCUAGAACUGGGCCGUGUGCCAAGAAAACCUUGGCCUAUUAUAUAUGCUGCCGACGUAAGGACAUUUUGUAAAACCCAGUUCUACAGAAUCUGCCUUUGUUUUGUGUACGUUUUGUUUUUGCUGGAAUGUCUGCCUGCCAUUUUUUUUUCCUCCUUGGAUCAGGAAUAUGUGCUAGAGGAAACUCGGUGAAUAUCGUGUUUGGGGAAUAUGUUCUCUUGUACGUGCAUCGUGGAGUUGCUACUGACCUGCGGGUCACCCUGGGUUGAUCUGUGGCUGAAUCACUUUCACAGCCAGAGUGUCCCACCUGUCCGCUGCGGAAACGUCACUUCCCAGUGCGCUCUGAAACACUGUCGCACUCGGAGAGCACGUGCGGCUCUUAAUCUGGUAGCGCUGUCAGGCUGGAACGCAGAAAUGAAUGGCUGAAUAAGUCUCAUUCCCAACUGUGUGGAAAUUUCCUCUUCAAAAUGUUUAGUGCAGCUCUUUUAAAAAAGGCCGUGGUUGGCGCCUCCAUUACUGUGGGAUUCAGCUGUUCAACUGCCAUUGAUGUGUAAAGGAAGAUCACUCCCCUGUUGCCCAUUUAUUCGACUGUGCUAGUGUUUGACUUUACCAGAAUGCCUUUCUCCAGCUUUGUAUUCCUAAUGCUGAAAUUCAAGGGCUUUUAGUUUUCAUUCCACCUGAGCUCUUAACUGUGUUAAUUAUUGACUUAAAUGGACCAGUUUAAUCUUUUUCCAGUCUCUGAACUUAGUGGUUUAAAGAGACCUAUAAAACCUACUAGAUUGCACGCAGGAGUACCGCAGUUGUGCAUCUUUGCUGUAGACUAGUUUUUAAUUACACUAAUUUCUUAUUUGUAGCAGAUUCUUAAAAAAGGUGGGAACAUUUAACAUAUUUAUGUACAUGAACUAUAUGUGCUGACCUAUUUUUACCUCUUCACUAAUAUUUACACUGGAACAGUUUUAUUUAUCCUAGAUGGAUAUACAGGGUGUACUGAUUACUUGUGGCUUUAUUUUAUUUAAUUAUAAUAAAUGAUGUUCUUUUUAGUAUGCAUGUUGUGACAUUGCUGUGAGUGUUGGAGGUAUACCAUUAUUUUUUUUUUCUCAAAGGGAAAAUUAACAAAACUUUGACCACAUCUGUCAUUUACUCAGAGUCAAUGAAAGACAAAUAUUCAGUUGACAUGAGAACAUGAAGUCAGGUCCGUUUGAUUUCUUAACUUGAUUACAGUGCUUUGAAAUAAAAACUGUUGAAAUCCACAAAGAAGCCAAGAAAAGUGUGAAUACAAAUUCUGUUUGGAAAUCAGUAGCAUGUUGGUGCUCUGUGUUUUUUUUUCUCAGAAAACUCCAUACCUAAGUUAUCUCCCAGUAAUUUUGAUUAUUUCGUUCUCUAAAAACUGUUUUUAAACUGGCCUUCUUUUGAAGAAUUAUAGAAAAAACAUUUAUGAAUCCAUAAAGGAAGAUUGGACCACAGAACACAUCUGAAUUGUGUAGCCUUCAGCAGUACUUUUGGAAUGCCAGUUACAAUUUAGUUGUGCUCCUGAACUUUACUUUAUCAACCAUAAGCAGCUAUAUCUGAAUCCUUCUUAAAACAGUCCAUCUACAGAUUGACCACAUUCCAUUGGGGGUAAUGUUCUCUUGUGAUGAAGGAAGCGUAGGCUUCAACUGGUGAUGUCUCCAUAGCGACUGUAAGACUGGAAUCCAGGAUAUUAACAACUGCCUGAAGUUCACCUGAACUUUUUUAGUUCUGAACAGCUAGCCACCAGAGAGAAUGUAUAACAUAUUCCAAAGAAAGUUUUAUUGUAAUAUUCUUCAAAGGAGCAGAUUCCUGACACUAGACCAGAGAAGGGAACCCCUGUUGUACACUGUGCAGUCCUUUAUUUUCUACACAAUUCUCUAUUGGAACUUAAUUCUGUUUUUGAAUGGUGUCACAUUUUAUUAAUAAUGGAGGUAGUAGGUUAGUUGUGGCUUUUGUGAAAAUCACCCAGGCUACAGUUCCCCUCGUUGGCUUGAGAUCAGCGUAGUGAUAGGCAGUUUCAUUAGGUCUGGAUAACUGUGAAGUGUCUCCUUCAUGAUACAUUUGCUGGUAGUCUGUAGCUCAAUUCUGUAAUACAAGACCAAAUGACACUUUUUAGCCCCAGUUCUCCUACAUGGAGAAAGAAUGGGAAUAUUGUUUAAACAUUUGCUUAAUGACUCAUGACCAAUAUCUAACUCCAAAAUACUAUCAAGAAAAAAGCGUUUUACAAAAACAUGUUCUUUGGAAAGAUGUAUUUUUUAUAUUUUAAGGUGAACAAAAGCUAAAUAUUUAAAACGUUAUCCAUUCAGCCUCUAAAUUGUAUGUGGAAUGCACUUUGUGAAUUUUUUCUAUCCUGCCUAUAAUGGAAUAUAUUUCUAUUUUUGCUAUGUGUAUAAAAUUUUGAACCCAGUGAUGUCUGAACAGUCUGUUUUAUAUUGGACCCUGUGGCACACCUGCAUGGUAUGGAGAGAUAAGGACUCUCGUGGCCUUUGGUUAUACAACUUUGUGAUUGUUUUUAUAUGCUUCUUCUCUUUUGACCAGUAUUGUGAAGGGAAUGAUCCUUAAUGCAGAGCUGUAUUGAUUAUUUUUUAAUCAUGUUAAGUGAAUGUUUUGUAGGUUCAUUUACAUACGUCAUUUAUAUUAUUAGGAAAGUGUUUACUUUCAGACACAUAAGGCCUGACUUUUUGUAAAAAGCAAAUAACGGACAAAUCACAAUCACUUUCUAUUAUGCUGUGCCAGUGUUACUUGAAUCCCCUGGAAUGAAAUCUAGUGUUUAAUGAAUAACCAUGUUGCUCCUGUAGGCUUUACUCUUUUUUUUGUAGAUUAUUGUUUAUAUUUUGUUCCUCUGCUGGGAUGUUGUGGCCUUCCAUUAACACCUUAUUGUCUUAGCCUGUACAUAAUAAAUAGUUUAAUCCUUG